CAGGAUGGAGGUGGCCGAGCCGCAGCCCCUCGGCCUGUUUCCCGACGACGAGCUCAUGUCGGUGGGGAUGGACACGUUCAUCCACCGCAUCGACUCCACCGAGGUCAUCUACCAGCCCCGCCGCAAGCGGGCCAAGCUCAUCGGCAAGUACCUGAUGGGGGACCUGCUGGGCGAGGGCUCCUACGGCAAAGUCAAGGAGGUGCUGGACUCGGAGACGCUGUGCCGCCGCGCCGUCAAGAUCCUCAAGAAGAAGAAGCUGCGGCGCAUCCCCAACGGAGAGGCCAACGUGAAGAAGGAGAUUCAGCUACUGCGGCGGCUACGGCACCAGAAUGUCAUCCAGUUGGUGGACGUGCUGUAUAACGAGGAGAAGCAGAAGAUGUAUAUGGUGAUGGAAUACUGUGUCUGCGGCAUGCAGGAGAUGCUGGACAGCGUGCCCGAGCGCCGCUUCCCCGUGUGCCAGGCCCAUGGGUACUUCUGCCAGCUGGUGGAUGGCCUGGAAUACCUGCACAGUCAGGGAAUUGUGCACAAAGACAUCAAGCCGGGCAACCUGUUGCUGACCACGGGCGGCACGCUCAAGAUCUCUGACCUGGGCGUGGCUGAGGCUUUGCACCCCUUCGCGGAGGACGACACGUGCAGGACGAGCCAGGGCUCUCCCGCCUUCCAGCCCCCAGAGAUCGCCAAUGGCCUGGACACCUUCUCUGGCUUCAAGGUGGACAUCUGGUCUGCGGGGGUGACUCUCUACAACAUCACUACUGGCCUGUACCCCUUCGAAGGGGACAACAUCUACAAGCUGUUCGAGAACAUCGGCAAGGGCGACUACACCAUCCCAGGGGACUGUGGGUCCCCUCUCUCUGACCUACUCAGAGGGAUGCUGGAGUAUGAGCCGGCCCGGAGAUUCUCGCUGCAGCAGAUCCGGCAGCACAGCUGGUUCCGCAAGAAGCAUCCGCCCACUGAGGCGCCCGUGCCCAUCCCGCCGAGUGCCGACUGCCGCGACCGCUGGCGUGGCAUGACUGUGGUGCCCUACCUGGAGGACCUGCAUGGCUGUGCUGCCGACGCUGAUGACGAUCUCUUCGACAUCGACGACGACAUUGUCUAUACUCAGGACUUCACGGUGCCAGGACAGGUCCCGGAGGAGGGCUCAGGCCAGAACGGACAGAGCCGGGGCCUGCCCAAGGCAGUGUGCAUGAACGGCACCGAGUCUGCGCAGUUGAGCGCCCGUGCGCGGGCUGAGCGCAGGGCCAGCGCCGUCUCCACGCCCGCCCGCAAGGCCAGCGGCCGGCUCCGUCGCCUGUCGGCCUGCAAGCAGCAGUGAGCGCCGCCCACAGGCGAGCUCCAGGAGCCAUGGCCCAGGUCCCGCGUCUUCCCUCCGACGGCUAGACUGGCGCCAGUGUCCAGUGGGACCCCAGAGCCAGCAGAGAUGUGGGUCCGGCCCCGUGGGCCUGGCCAGGGACAAUUUGCUCACGGACUUGGCCACAGACACUGAGCCUGGCCCCGGCGUGGAGGAGGGAGCGAGGCCCAGAAGCCUCGCCAAGCACUUUACGUUUCGACACUGGUUCUCGCUCACCCGGCCCCGCCUCCGCCCCGCGCCCCCCGGGGACACUGCAGGGUUGGGGUGCUGCAGCUGGCGCUGGGACCUGCCCGCAGGAUGCACGCCCCGCGCCCGGGGGAGCCAGGUGGCUGCCCCCGCUGUUUGGUUCUUUCUUUUUUUAA